AUGUCUACUAUCAGUGCUGAUCGUGGCGACGAUGCCUACAAGAGUAUCCUGGAGCAGGGGUGUACCUUCUCCACCGGACAAGAGUCUCGCACCAAUCCACUUACCAAUGAAUCAUGUACCUGCACUGGUCCAUCAAGGGCGGAGAACAGCUCAGACUGUAUCGAACAUGAAGGCACCGUGUACCACCAGGUACACGAAGAUGACCGGAACAGGGCCGAUGUCGCCAGGCUUUUGGAAGUCUUCGUGGCCAAGGAUGAAUAUUCUGUCUACUGCGAGUUUUACAAGGCACUCAAUGAAGCGAGCGAAAAGCUUGAUGCAAGUGGUUGCUGGGCGGAGUUCCGUACCGACUAUACGGCCAUCCAGGCCAGGGUUCAAGAUAGCCAAAUUCUACAAGACGGACUCAAGAGAGAGCUCACAGAACGCUUUGAGAUGCGACCUGCAUUCAUACUUCAGCAACAGCUGCGGAAGAGUUUGAGGGAAAAGAUGAAGGAUUGGAGCGCCCGAGAAGUCGACAGCAUGGUGGCGCAGACCAUCACGUCGAGAAUGUCGGCUGCUUUGUGCGGCCGCCUUCACAACGAUGCCCGGUGCCCGGUAUCUGACAACAACGCCACUACCAUUCUUCUUACGACUGGCCUUGAUCUCAAAAGCAUGUCCGAGCUGUUUGAGAUCGUCUAAGGCUAUUCACAGUGUCAACGAUUAGCAUAGACGCAAGAAGCUUACAUUCACGAUCAACCUAUACUCUUUCCUGAAACCAGCCCCUGUUGUGCCUUAUUAUGACCUUAGACGAUCGGACUUUGUUGUAAAUCCUGCACUUAAUAGAAUCAUAUAGUGUUUCUUCGGUAAGAACGAGUAUUAGCCUCUGAUAGAUAGGCGGGCCCGGAAAUAUGAC